CCUCGGCGCUCAGGGCAGGUAGAGCCGGGCUCCGGGCGCGCGAGGGGCCCGCAGCAGCUGCCACCCCGCCUCGCCUCGGCCCUGCGCACGGCCCCGCGCUCCCAUGGCCGGCUCCGAGCAGCGGCGGCCGCGGCGGCGGGACGACGGAGAUGCGUCUGCGGCGGCGCCCCUCCAGGACGCGGAGCUGGCCCUGGCCGGCAUCAACAUGCUGCUCAAUAACGGCUUUAGAGAGUCGGACCAGCUUUUCAAACAAUACAGAAAUCACAGCCCAUUAAUGAGUUUUGGAGCCAGCUUUGUCAGUUUUUUGAAUGCCAUGAUGACAUUUGAGGAAGAAAAAAUGCAGUUGGCAUGUGACGACUUAAAAACUACAGAAAAGCUGUGUGAAAGUGAAGAGGCUGGAGUAAUUGAAACAAUCAAAAAUAAAAUUAAGAAGAACGUUGAUGUCCGAAAAUCCACCCCCACUAUGGUUGAUCGGCUUCAGAGGCAGAUAAUCAUAGCUGACUGUCAAGUUUACCUGGCUGUGCUCUCGUUUGUAAAACAAGAAUUGUCAGCAUAUAUAAAAGGUGGGUGGAUCCUUAGGAAAGCCUGGAAGAUUUACAAUAAAUGCUAUCUGGACAUCAAUGCCCUCCAGGAACUGUAUCAGAAGAAGCUAACUGAAGAGCCCUUGACUUCUGAUGCUGCAAAUGAUAAUCACAUUGUGACUGAAGGGGUGUCUGAGGAGUCUCUAAACAGACUGAAAGGUGCUGUUAGCUUUGGAUAUGGCCUUUUUCACCUUUGCAUAUCCAUGGUGCCCCCAAACCUGCUCAAAAUCAUCAACCUGCUGGGUUUUCCUGGAGACCGCCUACAGGGGCUUUCUUCACUGAUGUAUGCAAGCGAAAGUAAGGACAUGAAGGCCCCUUUAGCUACUUCCCAGGCUAGUUCGAACAAGAAUGGAGUAUUUCCUCAUGCUUCAGUCUUCCUAAUGAUAAUAAUUUUAGCAGCUUGGUUAAAAUGNGAAAUUCUUCUCAAAAAAGAAGCUGCUUAUCCAAAUUCUUCCCUCUUUAUGUUUUUCAAGGGACGCAUACAACGAUUAGAGUGUCAAAUCAACAGUGCCUUGACUUCCUUCCACACUGCUUUGGAACUUGCAGUAGAUCAGAGAGAAAUCCAACAUGUCUGUCUGUAUGAAAUUGGUUGGUGCAGCAUGAUAGAGCUGAAUUUCAAGGAUGCAUUUGAUUCCUUUGAGAGGCUAAAAAACGAGUCCAGAUGGUCCCAGUGCUAUUAUGCUUAUUUAACUGCAGUUUGUCAGGGAGCCACUGGUGAUGUGGAUGGGGCACAGAUUGUCUUUAAAGAAGUUCAGAAACUCUUCAAAAGGAAAAACAAUCAGAUUGAACAGUUCUCAGUGAAAAAGGCUGAGAGAUUUCGGAAACAAACGCCGACCAGAGUGCUUUGCGUGCUGGCCUCCAUCGAAGUGUUGUACUUGUGGAAAGCCCUUCCAAACUGUUCCUUCCCCAACCUACAGAGGAUGAGCCAAGGUAAAAAAACUGUGGCAAGAGGCAGAACUCUACUUCUUCAAGCAAAGGAGGAUUUCUCUGGCUACGACUUCGAAAACAGAUUGCAUGUCCGCAUCCAUGCUGCUCUGGCCUCUCUGAGGGAAUUGGUCCCUCAGUGACAGACCCGGAGUUCCCACUCCGUCCCUUCCCACCUAGGUUUUGCACUUUCAAAUAAAAGCAGAGGACACAGCUCAUAUGAAGAUCGGCUUUUCUUCUGAAAACCACCUGUGCCAGGGACACGUUUUCCCAGUUAGGCUGACAUAGUAAAGAUCUCCUCUUUUAAACCUUUAGCUCAAAAGUAAUAAUAACGAUGAUAAUAGUAAUUAUGACUAACAACCUGGGGAGAGGGUUAAAGUGACCUUGUUCAAACAUUUUAGUUUUGUGAUUUAUUAUUUUUAAAAUAAAAUCAAACUAAAUAUUCAA